UUGAAAGUAUAUAAGCAUUAGGCCUUAUUUCAUUGACCAACAGUUUGCUUUAGCACACAUUUUCAGAAUGUUCAAAUACUUGGCCCUCGUCCUGCUGGUAGCCGCCUGCACCGCCACCGCCACAUCCAGCGAUGACGAUGCGCAUGCUCAUGUGGAGAAGCAGUACAAGAAGGAGGACGGACAUGGAAAGUUCUCCUACGGCUAUGACAUAACCAAUGGCAUCGGCGCUGGAGAGGCUGGGGACGAGCAUCAGGUCCAUGGCGAAUAUCACUUCACCUCCAAGGAGGGACUGCCCGUUAAGGUGUCCUACACGGCCGAUGAGAAUGGCUAUCAUCCGCACGGGGAUCUCCUGCCCACGCCACCGCCCACUCCAGAGGCCAUUCUCCGGGCCCUGGCCUACAUCGAUGCGCAUCCGCACAAGGAAGAGCCCCGGCCAGUCCAUCCCCAUUCGCAGCCCAGGAAGCCUCAGCCAACUAAGCCGCAGGGCCAUCCUCAUCACUGAGGAGUCUCCUUCAAAUAUUAAACGUUUCUGUAUGAUUUUAA